GCCUUUACAACGUGCGAUGCUGCGAAGAUUACUGCAGGGUACCAACUUCAUGCUCCAUUCUUCUAAGUUUUUUCCCCUGAUUCCACCCAUUUUGAACCUUUUGUUUACAACUCUCUGCUGAUUUAAUCUCUUUGUUGAUAAGUAAUUAUUGACUUAAAGGAAGAUUUAUCAAUUAGUGCUCUAGGCUGAUUCGGUUGCCGGUCCAGUCUUUACCGUGAAUGUUCAUCUUUAUUAAUGAGCUAUACGUUGCUAUGGUUUACUUGAGGAGCUGGAAAGCAUCGAUUUUAAGUCAUUUUCUUUAGAGGUAAACAAUUUGAACUUAAUUACGCGGAUAGUACUUAGUUUUUAAGUUACCUAACAAGACAUAAAGCUUAAAGAUGAGGAAGUUCAACAGCAAAGUCAAGAAAAGAGCCCGGAAACCUCAGCAUUCCAGAGCACGGGGACACUCUCAACAUAACGAUGAAUCUAACUUAAUGGUUCCAGAAUCGAGUAUUAAGAACGCAAGAAUUAGAUCAGCGAUAGAAAACGGCUCACGAAUCCCGCUUCCAUCGGAUACUAAAGGGCUUAAUCUGAGUAAGUUUGAGCACGUAGGAAAGGAAGGACCAUUGGUCGUGUAUGCACAAGACAAAAAGAUGUUCAACGAGUUUGGCCACUUUACCGUUAUUACUUCAUUUAAACCUUCAGAUAGUUUGAGAAACCAGUUAUUCUUUGCCUCCGAACCGGUUUCUGAACCUUCGAAAUACGAAAAUCUAACAAAAUCAGCUGAAAUAAAGAAAGAUGUGCGAUCCAAAAAGGAUGUAAUUCGAGAAGCAACGACAACCUCAGCAAACACAAGACUCUUGAGUCAAAAAGCCAGACAAACGCGACGCCAACCAAAUUCUUUUGAGGACUUAGUCAAGCGAUAUAAAGACAGACAGGAGAAGUAUUUCCAUUCAUUGGGUGAUGAAUCUUUGUAUUUAUUCCAAAAAAUAGACAGAAUGUGUAAAGCGGGAAAGAGAGAAGUUGAUACGAACAUUCCCUUCCAAGAUGAAGACAGUCAUGAUCCUAAAAAUAACGUCAAAACAACAAUUCAAAAGAAAGAUAAAAUGGUUUUUCCAAAAAUUAUGGCACACAAACCAGGAGUCAAAACAGUUCAUAUAGAAAUCCCAAAACCGCAAUCUAAUCAAGUGGCUUUCAAAGAUAAAACAAAAAACAAACUUCCUUCCAUUUAACCUACGAUUUUACAAAAUUUUCAGUGCAAUGUAGAAGAUGGUCGGUUGGCUAUAGUUUUGGCCAGGACCGUUGCCAAGUAAUUAUUAUUAAGGAUAUCCGGACAAAACCAGCUUUGAAAUUAAAAGAAGCCAAUCACAAUUACUCCUGAAUGUUUGAAAAGAAUAAAGUCAAAAAUAACAAUCUAUAAAGAAAAGAAAAAGAAGUAAAUUAAGAAAUAUUUUGAAAAAAUAUAUAACUAUUCAGUAAACUUCAUUGCUUGAAAUUCAAAUACUGAAGUUAUUCGCCAAAUUCCAGUCCAUAUAUUAAUUUUUCUGGGUAUUUUGUCAUAACCACAAAUGGCAAAAAAAGUGGAAAGUCAGAGUAGAAUUGCGUUAAAGUUUAGAUAGGGCCUCGUUCGCACUAGACCGACAAAAAUUGUACAAGUCAUUUUGAUUCAUGACAAAAAUUGGCUUUAACGAAAAAAUUGUUUGGCCUGUUGUGUUCGCACUACAAGAUACCAAAAUCUGAUCCACAAGAAGUAUGUGUCAAUCAAAAUGUAACACUCGCGCAAAAUGACGUGUUUUUCGCGCCACGAGUGUUUAAUUAAUUUAGUCUUUGCAUCAGUACUAAAAUGUUGCCUCGAAACAUCAUCAUCUCUCUAUUUUGCUUCCUCGCUUUUUUGCAAGAUCUGAUUUACAUGCAGCAACAACUUAUGAUGCUGCUUUGUCUUUUGAGAGUCCAGCAACUUCAAAAUCAAAUUGUGCUCCGAAUAAAUAAUGGAAGAAGGCGACGAAGAUUUCAGUCGUAUUGGAUACUACCUAGGCUAUCGACUUGAGCAUUAGCUGGGCCAUUUGCGAUCUGUAGUAGUUAUAAUAAAAUACGAUAUUUGCCUAUA